AUGUUGAAGUUUCGACUUCAUGACGCGGAACCCGCCUCGGCGCCAUCAAAGCCACGCAUUGAAGCCGUCCUCCUCCGCGUGGGCGGCGUUGUCAUCCGCUGCCACAGGGACAACCAGCGGGGGGUCCUCCACCUGCCUCUCGAGGCCGUCGGGGAUAUUGGCUCUGUGAGCCUGGCGCCUCCCCUGCCCAUGGCCUCCUACGGCCCCCUGCGCUGGCGCGUGACGCGCAAGAGCCGAGCUCCGGCGUUGUAUGGAGCAGCCCUGAAGAGCCUUUCGCAGAUCUCACUCACCGUCCUGUUGCCGAGUGGGCAGGGCCACAGCAUUUCCAUUGCCAAGGAUUCGACGCUCAGUGACCUGAAGGUCGCUGUGCAAGAGGCCUUGGGGCGAGGCUUUUUGAGGCUGGUCACUGCAGAUGGACAUUUUCUAGAUCCCAAAUCGAACCUCCCGCUUCACAUGGCUGGGAUUCACAAUGGAGACUCUGUCACGGCGAUUGCCCAGUCACCUGGCAUCACGGCCACCAAAGCUGCUUUUGCACUUUGGUGUUGCAAUAGUGGCGUGGUAACUUGGGGCGACACCGAGUGGGGCGCAGACAGCAGAACGGUCCAAGAUCAGCUGCGGAAUGUGCAGCAAAUCAGCUCCACCGAUGAAGCGUUUGCCGCCCUCUGCACCGACGGGAGCGUCGUGACCUGGGGAGAUCCUGAGCUGGGCGGUGACAGCAGCGAGGUCCAUUAUUCUUCGCCCUUGCAGGAGAUUUCCGCUUCGGCGGAUGCCUUCGCAGCCCUUCGCAAUUGUCUCAGGCCUUUCGGCUCAUAUUGUGCACGACGAGCCGGAGCCCCACGUUUUGACAACUUUCCUGGACGAUCGAAAUUUCAUAGCUUCUUCUCCUGCCCAGGCUGUUUGGGGUACGUGGACGCGCCGCCCACCUGCCUCCAAGCUUGA